AAUUGCGACAUAGCUAUCUAUAGUGUAUGCAGCCGCACACGUGAACACGUCAGUACUGCGCCAACAACCCGUCUGACAGGUCAAUUUUCGUAUACGGGUUGUGUGCUAUGAUAGCAGUGCCGAUACCACUGCACAGCGCAGAUUUUUGUAUGUGUGCUCGAUUCAGUGCAUUAGGUUAUAUUAUUCAUCAGCACAUCAGUUUAUUAUUUCAUUUAUAAUUAGUCAUGUAGAGUUGUUGUUUUUGUGCGUAUUAUCUUGCCAUACACACACACACACUUGUUAUUCAUACAAAUUUUUUAUUUACAUAUAUCUGUUCUAUGUAUCUCUGUUGAUGUUAUUUUUCUCAGUUCAUUGCAUUUAAAAGUAUUUAUAUUUAUAUACUUAAUCUAUGCAUAUCUUUAUUUAUCAAUUACUCUCAUCUUUCGUGUUAUCUUAAUGACUUUGGAGUUACAAAGUACUAGUCAAUAAAUCUCAGUAAACAUAUGCACUGCAGUGAUAGUGCUUCUAUUUUAUUCAAAAGUACUCUUUUGAGUACACAAGUAUUUGCCAAAAAAAAUCAAAAUGAAUAUCGCUCUAGUAUCUGACUAUUUAGACAGCUAUGAGGGACGUGACAAGUUUUUGCGAACCCUUUCUUAUGCAGCUAAAAUGGCAUCCGGAUUCCCCACAUCAAAUGAUACUUCAGAUAAAUUCAAGAAGUUUGGAAGUAAAAUGAGUGGUGCAAGAGUCAUCUUAAGACUUCUUGAUGAUAUUCCUAAUAUUCAUUCUGUAAUGACCUAUGGCACUGGACAAAAGGAACCAGAUUGGUUAAUCAGAACAAUUGAACUGAUCAAAAUUACUGUAGAUUUAUUAUACAGUCCAGUGGAACACAUUUGUUGGGCUGGAGAAAAUAAUCUGAUUUCCAUAGACAUUGAGAAAUGGGGUAACGCUACAACUUGGUUUUGGAUAGGUUCUUUAUAUUUAUCGCUCUUAAAGACAUUAAGAAAAUAUAAACUGUUAAAGAAACAAGAAAUGAAUUUCUGUAAAAAAGAAAUUAAUCCAAGAUAUAAUAAGUCAAUUCUUAGAAGUCAACAAACCAAUGAACUAGUAACUUGUUUUAGAUUAAUGUUAGAUUUGAGUUAUGCAAUAAGUUAUUUGCCCAAAGGGACAUUGUGGGGCGGCAAGUUUUCAGCUUUCCAAGUUGGUGCACUAGGAACUAUUUCAUCAUUAAUUGGUGUUUAUCAAGCACUCACAAGAAAAAUGGCUCAAAGAUACAGUUGAAUGAAUACAAUUUUUUAAUACUGAUUCGCAGUAUGACCAUCGGGCGCUGGGUGACAGUUGUAGUGAGAGAUAAUUAUUUAAGUAUUAUUAUAAGGUUAUAUUUGUUAUUGCAUUCUAAAUGAUAUAGAACACAUGAAUAUUUUUAAUAAAAUUAAUGGGAAAAAUUUUGUUGAAAUCAAAACAAAGUGUUACUAUUUUAUUAUUUAUUUCUUCUACAAGUUCAACAUUGACAAAGUUGAAGCAAAGAUCAUGGCAACUUUUCAUUAAUAAUUAUAAAUUAUUAUUCUUAAUUAUUAAGCUGCUUAAAAACAUUUUUACAUGGAAUAAAAAAACUAAAAAACCUGAUAGGCACUUUCAUGUAACUUAAAAUAAUGUCUCAAUGAGACUAUAAGAUUCUGAAAAGCUCAACAUUUGCUGAAUUCUCAACAGUCUUAGUUAGUAGAAAUCACUUUGAUUGAGUAUGAAUACAUUAAAGUUAAUUGCUCAUUUUUCUUUGGACUUAAAAAUAAUUUGUAUGUAUAAUGCCGCAAUAAAAUUUUAUGGAGGUCACAUUAAAAGGCACGACUGAUUAAAAGUGAAUAAAUUAAAUUUUUUUGGAUAAAAGAUAAUCAUUAAAAAUUGUCCGCAAAGGCAUUGCCAGUUUUUUUACUUUACACUACCUUGCUAUAACUGUGUAUAAGUUUAAGGAUACAUUAAUAAUGACUUGGUCAUUAAUUUGUAAUUUUGUUUUUGAAUACUUCAAAAAUCCCUACUCACUAUUAGACCAAUUUUUAGUUUUAGUUUUAAUUCAUUAUUUCAGAUCGCUAGACGUAGCGUUAAAAAUUUUCUAGUACAAUAAUUUUUAGAUAAUGAUUAGACAAGGCAUAGAUAAAACUGUCUAAUGUUAUGCAUAUAACCGAUUAGUGUUUUCGAAA